AUGACGGAAAUUCGAGACCAAUCGAUUCCACGCGAAGAACGGGUCCUGCUCGCCGUGAAGGCCUAUCAGCAAGGCCAAUUCGACAGCGCCCACAAGGCCGCGACGGCAUACGAUGUCCCUCAAUCGACAGUCUCUGCUCGACUGCGCGAGACUGCCCUCGUACAAUGGGUCUUGUCGAUGGACGAGCGAGGGAUGCCGCCGACAGUGGUCUACACUCGCCGCAUGGCCAACUUGUUGCUUUCGGAGCGCUGCCAAGAAACUGUCGGCGAAAAUUGGAUGAUGCAAGAAUGGUACGAUCGGGUGGCAAUGGCGAAACAGAAAUGGGGGAUUCUUGAUGAGGAUGUCUACAACUUCGAUGAGACGGGUUUUCAAAUGGGAGUCAUUGCGUCGGCAAGACCAGGAAAUCGAGAAUGGGUUACCGUAAUUGAAUCUAUUAAUUGCCAAGGUUGGGCUUUGCCGGCGAUGGUCAUCUUCCAGGGCAAGGUGCACCAAGCAAGCUGGUACGAGGCAGAUGUGCCCAAGGACUGGCAGAUUGCCCCUCUGGAUGUCGGGUGCUUUUCGCCUUUGAAAACGAUAUAUGGGCGGAAUGUUCAAGAGAAGAUGCUCGCAGGGGUCAACCACAUCGAUAAAGAGGACUUCCUGCUUCUGUACAUCGAGGCCCGCCGACAAGCGCUCUCCCCGUCGAACAUCCGAAGUGGAUUCAUGGCCACAGGCCUUUCCCCAUUCAAUCCGACCCGGGUUCUGUCACGGUUACUAGUUCAGGUUGACAGGAAUGGCAACGACAAUGCCAACGAUGACGGCGACAAGCACACCCAAGCCCCAGAAAGCUUGAAGCCCACAAGACCCCUUGCAAUGUUAGCCAGCUUACCACUCACGUGGAAGGACUUCUUCAGCGCCGGCCACAAAAUGCGGGCACGCCGGUCUCACAAGCCAUAA